CGUGGAGCAUAUUAAACGCUGUGGCACCUUGUGGAUUUACUCACAGUUUCUGCGCAGCUCUUCACGAAAGGUCCGAGGUCGCUCCCAACUUUCUGACUCCAACAGUGGGUUUUUUUUUUUUUCACUUUGCCCCGCAGCCAGUCGUCAUGUUGGAUAAAUUUGGGUCGCAGAGCGCUGCCUGUGUGCCUGUCUCCAGCGCGGACCUCCAGCUCAAACUAACGGACAACAAGAGCAGCCUGUCGGCGGCAGGGAUGGGGAUGGAGAGCGGCACUGGCAAGAAGCUCAUAGAGAUAACUGGACCCGCUUUAUCCAAAAGAAAACUUCUGGUCGGUUUAGACCUCCUCUGCCUCUUUCUCGCAUCCAUCCCUUUCUUUGCAUGUGAGCUGAAGACAGUGAGGCCUUACAGAAGGGGCUUUAUGUGUGGGGACCCCAGCAUCACCUAUCCAUACCUGCACCAAGAGGCCAUAUCAGACGAAAUGCUCAUUGCUGGUGGCAUCAUCAUCACUGGCCUCACUAUCGCCCUUGGGGAGUGUUACAGGGUUCGUUUCAGAGGCGUCAGCUCCAAGGCCUUUGUCAGGAACCUGUACGUGUCAUGUCUGUACAAGGAGCUGGGCUGCUUCCUGUUCGGCUGCUGCGUCGGCCAGUCACUGACCAACAUGGCCAAGCUUAGUGUUGGGCGAUUACGUCCGCACUUCCUGUCUGUGUGUGGUGUCACCUAUGCAUCACUUAACUGCACGCCUGGAACCUACGUCGCAACAGUGAACUGCCGGCAGUCUAACCGCCGACUUGAAGAGGAGGCCAGGAAGUCCUUCUUCUCUGGCCAUGCUUCAUUUGCGAUGUACACAAUGCUCUAUUUAGCAUUUUACCUGCAGGCGCGGUUGACAUGGCGUGGGGCCCGACUGCUGAGGCCAGUGCUGCAGUUCUUCCUGGUUCUGCUGGCAGUGUACACAGGUCUGACCCGCAUCUCGGACUACAGACACCACCCGUCUGACGUGCUAACGGGAUACGUACAAGGAGCCCUCACUGCCUACUGGGUGGCCUUCCACAUCUCAUCCAUGUUUAAAAGCUCAAAUUCAGAUCUGUCUCCGACUGAGACCCUGGAUAGACCCAUGUCACCCCACCAUACUGUCUGCUAAGUCUGACCUCCACCACCCUCCGCAUGUAGUCUGGUUUAUAUAGACAAGAGAUCUGCAGAAUGUGAGACCAUUUCCUGUGAAGUCAAACCACAUACCUCAGUAUUCGGACAGAGUAUGAGAGAGAGAGAGAGAGAGAGAGAGAGGAAGAGUAGAGCUUAUGAUAUCAUGAACUGAGACAAAGAAAGAACAAUGCUGGCUGCUUGGCGGGAGCAUUCGAGCUGUGACUGACCUUAGCUUCACACGUGAUACUUACCUGUGAGAUGAGACAACUGAAUCUUGAACACUACCACUCCAUACUUCACCUGUGGAUUUAUUCUCAACAACUCAAAUGAUACUGUACAAGCACUUUCUGAUUUCCAUGCAAGUAUUAAUUACCACUUUGUAAUGAUUUGCUAAGUAGAAUAUAAUAUAUUUUAUACAUGUAAUAUAUUGUGUAGCUGUGUUUUUUACAUAAACACAGUGAAUGUAAAGGUGUUGAAGGAAAGCACAAACCGCAAGAAGGCAAUUUGUUUUUCUGAUGUGUUGUACCUUUUAGAUGUGGUAGGAUGUGGCCGUCCUUCUGUGUGCAGUCUGUUGUACACAUAGUUUGUUGAUGACAGGAUGACUGAGAAUGUUCACAUGAUAAAUGUAAUGCACAUUUGACAAGUACAAGCACUACUAGACUUUUUUUUUUUUAUAAUGCUAAUGUAUGUUGCUAGACUUUUCACCUGUCCAAAAGCACACCGCCCAUUAAAGAAAUAUGUGAUUUUUUUUAA